AUGACUCUAUCAAAGUUGAUUCUUCUAAUUUUUCUUUUCAAUAUUGGAUAUUGUGAACAAGUUAAAAUUGAAUGUUCGAAUUCAUUUUUUACUAAUAAUACUAAUGAUUUAUGUUAUUAUGAUGAUAAAAAAUUAUUUUCAUGGUCCGAUGCAUAUAAUCAAUGUCUAAAUAGAACGAUUAACGGAAUACUUAUUCAAAUAUUUUCUAGUGAACAAUUUAAUUUAUUAAAAAAUGCAAACAUUGAUGAAACAUCACUAUUUUGGUUAGGUGCAAAUAAUUUUGCAUCAUUUCGCGAUUUUCAUUGGCAUUGGCUUGAUGGAUCUACAGUUGACAGUUCAGCGAUUACCUGGUGUCCAAAUAGUACAUAUGAAACAGCUGUUGGCACAUAUUGUGCAGCUUAUGAUAGUACUUUACAAUGUGUUAAUAAUUAUUUAUGUAAUACUCUCUUACCAGCUCCAUGUGUAUCUGCGGUAAAUGGUAUAAAUCAAAACACUAAAAUAAGGUUGAUUUCUCAACCAAGAGCAACUUAUUUAUGUAGUAGUACAUCCGGUGUUGCUUAUGCAAAUUGGUGGACAUAUUCAAUUUUACUUCUUAAUUGGUUUAUACUUUUUUGUUUUUUUCUUUAUUUAUGCAAUCGUUUUACAAUAAAUAAAAAUACACUUAUAUUAAUAUCAGCUAUUGCUAUAUUAUCAUUUAUAUUGAUAAUUAUUUAUGCUAUUCUAUGGAGUGUUCAAUAUCAAGAUAUUAUUCAAAUACCAUUAGCUAUUGUUAUAAUUGGUUGUAUAGCUAGUACACUUAUUUAUAUUGCUUUAUUCAUUAUAUUAAAUGAUCGUACUCGUGUACAACGUUGUAUGGCAUGUAUGAUAUUAAUAUUUUCAACAAUAAUUCUUGAAUCUUUUUUAAUGCUUGGUUUAAUUCUUUGUAUUGCAUAUUGUUCAGCAUAUAUAACACUUUCAUGGACAAGUCUUGAUAAAGAUGUUACGGCCUCAGUUUUAGCGUCAUUAAUUGCUGCUAUAUCAGUUUUAUUUUAUACAGGAAUUCUUUAUCUAUUAGAAAAUGAUGGUUAUGAUCGUAUACAUGCAGUAAAACCAGCUAAUACAAAUCUAAUUCCACUUGCACCAGCACAACCAAUUGCUUCUCUUCAUCAACCACAGAAUAAUGUUCCAAUAAAUCAUCAUCGACCAAAUUCAAUUAUACCAUUAAAAAAACCGGAACAAAUCGAACGAGCAACAUCACCUGUUGAUGAACGUAUUCUUCAAGAAUUUUAUGCAGAUCGACCAAACGAUAUGCAUCACUAUAAUUUGGAAGGUAAAAACUAUAUUGUUUAUGAAAAGACGAACCAAACUAACGUUGAAUCAUAUAGAAUAGAUUUAACACAAGCAAUGUUAUUACAAGAAUCACAAGGUCUUAAAGAUGCAAUUAGUCGUGCAAAAGGUUCAAUUCAUGCAUCAAGUCUUGUUGAUGAAAUUCAACAGGCUGAAAAUUUAGCUACACAAUUAGUAUAA